GCUGGGAGUUCUUAAGCAUUCUAGGUGCCUAGAAUACGAACUUGCAUUUAUGCCCAGCUGCAGCCCCACUUUCAGAAAGGAUGACGUCCUCCUCCAAUGCUUUUUCUGUCGGCAGAUUCAGCAGGGCGGGGCCUGCCCCUUUAAUCUGGGCCCCACCUGCUCUGGUCAGACAGGUUUGGAGACACAGGUAAAGGGAGGGAGAGGAGAGAAAUACUUACAGAGCUAGCAGGGAGCUGGGCAGCUUCUUCCUGGACACUGGGGACCCUUCACCUCUCUCCAGAUGAAAAGAUGACAUGACCUUGUGGUAGAUCCCAGAACAGAGGUCCCAGGAUGACAGAACCUGAGAGCCUGGCCCUGCAGGAAGUGAAGGGGUCCGAGGUCCCGGAGAAGAGCCCACCUGAGGCCUUGGUCCCCAAUGGCCGGCAGCCAGAAGGGGAAGGUGGGGGAGAGUCCCCCGGGGCUGAGUCCCUCAGAAUGGAGUCUUCAGCUGGGUCUCCCACAGCCAUAGAGGGGGCUGAGGAUGGUUUAGACAGCACAGUAAGUGAGGCUGCCACCUUGCCCUGGGGGACUGGCCCCCAGCCCAGUGCUCCAUUCCUGGAUCCCCCUGGCUGGCGGAACAUUGAGCCAGAGCCCCUUAAGUCAGAACCGACGACCAAGCUAGAGGAGCUGCCCGAAGAUGAUGCCAACCUGCUGCCUGAGAAGGUAGCCCGUGCCUUCGUGCCCAUCGACCUACAGUGCAUUGAGCGGCGGCCCCAGGAAGACCUCAUUGUGUGCUGUGAGGCCAGCGAGGGCGAGCGCCGGACCUUCCUGCCCACCCGGGUCACCCACCCCGAGCCCCCUGAGUGCAAGUGGGCCGAGGCAGUGGUGAGGCCACCUGGCCGUUCCUGUGGGGGCUGCGGGAGCUGUGGAGGCCGUGAGGGGCUGAGGGCUGUGGCCUCUGUGGGAGCUGCACUCGUCCUCUUCCCCUGCCUACUGUAUGGGGCAUAUGCCUUCCUGCCCUUUGAUGCCCCACGGCUGCCCACCAUGAGUUCCCGCCUGGUCUACACGCUGCGCUGUGGGGUCUUUGCCACCUUCCCCAUCAUCCUGGGUGAGCCUGGGCCCAUGAGAAGAGAGGGAGCAUCUGGGAACCCCAACUCACCGGGAGAUGGCAAAGAGACCAGUGAGCAGAGGGAGCAGCUUGAGGGCAUCCUGGGGCAGUUCCCCCACCGUCAACCUAUUGCCAAUCAGCUGACCGCUUCCCUCAGAGUAGCCAGACUUUUUUCUUGUCUCCACAGGCUGAUAUACUGGCUGACCUUCGCCGUGGGCCGCUCCUUCCGAGGCUUCGGGUACGGCCUGACGUUCCUGCCGCUGCUGUCCAUGCUAGUGUGGAACCUCUACUACAUGUUCGUGGUGGAGCCAGAGCGCAUGCUCACUGCCGCCGAGAGCCGCCUGGACUACCCCGACCACGCCCGCUCGGCCUCCGACUACAGGCCCCGCCCCUGGGGCUGAGCCGCUCCGCCCUCUCGGCCUCAGGGCGCGGCGAGCCCCGGGUGGUCUCGGGACACUUCUCUGAACCUAGUUCCAGACCUAGAAUUUUUUUUUUUUUUUUUGAGACAGAGUCUCACUUUGUUG